AGAUUCAUUCAGCUUCCACUUGCAUAUUUUAUCCUUUCCCGGCAAAGCUCGACAAAGGUAAUGUUAUGGAAAAUUGUUAAGAUGACAUUAGUGAUGAUGAUAACUCUAGAUUCCUCUCCUGACUCAUGGGGCAUAGUUUUCGCUUGUGAAAUUAGAAGUCAAGGGUUGGGUUGUCCACUUGAAGUCUUUGUCCCAUCAAUCUGAAGAAAAGAAAUUUAUCAUUUGGUCAACAAACACGGAAAUUCGAGUUAACUUAUACGCCGUUUUUCUCGAUCGAGGAACACGUCUUUAGCGAUUUUCGAAUUAUGUGCUGUUUUCCUCUGCACGUAUAUCAACAUACUUGCACGCUUCGAUCAUUUUUUUAUCAUUGUGGGUUGAUUCAACAUCCAUGUAUAUUCAUUUCUUCAUUAAGUUUGUAGUUGAAGCUAACCUGUGCCUUUCGCUUUAAUUUCAUUUCUGAAACACUGUUUCUAGUCAAAGCACCCAUCAACUCCCACGUGUGAAGCGACUUAACCACCCGCGGUUUAGGAUUGGUUAUAUCGAAGUAGAAACACUCGUAGUUUCUUGGUCUCAACCGAAUGACUCACAAUAACAAUUGUCACACAAUCUUAUUUUUUUUUCUUAAAAUUCUCAGGUAAAAGCUACUUCGUCAAAUGUUCUCACACGUGCGUUUUACUGUGAACAUAGCUAACUAAAUUGCGUAAAUGUCAUAUUCUAUAGUAAAUGGCAGUCAAUAAAUGCCAAGCGAUCUCAGGUCCUCCUUAUCCUAAUUUGCAUAAAUAUUUUUAGUGAGCAAAAGUCGACAUACCAUCAAAUUCAUUCCAACAGCACUUGCAUCCCAAAUGUUAAAAGCUUUUGAUCCUUUAAAAACUAUUUUUCCGGUGACUGGACAUCGGUGUACGGAAAUUGAGCAUUUAUCUCCUUCGAAUUAACCAAUCCUAUUAUGGGAUUAUGGGAUUUGUAAAUUAACUUGCUUUGAUGGGUGCUUUGUACUUCUGUAUUCGUUUGGCUUUGUUUCCCUCAGUGUUGUUUCGUGCAAGCUAGUUUCAUCCAGUUAUGUCUUUCAUCUGUUCCCGGCAAAGCUGGAUAAAGGUAAUGUCGUGGACAUUUAGUACACGAAUUAUUAAGAUGGCAUUCAUGAUAAUGAUAACUUUGUAGGAUUAUGUAUUUAUCAUAGUACUUGACUAUUCCAUUUGAAUCUCCGCCUUGGAGGAAACCAAAUUCGCCACAGAGGGCGCACCUAGAUAAACUGAUGACUAAUGAAGGCCUUGAACACCUGUAUUCUUCUACCGAAUGUUUGUGCCAAGCUGAAGUUGACUCGUAGUUAAUCCGUGGUUUCUUUAUAAAGGAGAAAAAAUUAUUUUCACUACUAAGAAGCGUUGACAUCUUUCGCGUUGCCAUCCAUUUAGUGGAGUAUGCCAUCUACGGACUAAGGGGAUUCGGGAUUAUUUAUUUUUAUUCUUUUCAGUUAUUACAAUGUUUCCCUCAACCAAAAUAAUCCGAAAAAUUUGUCUGAACGGAAAGGCUACAGUUCCUUUUCCAUGGAGUCCCCAGGGUGGAUUGGGGUAGCGUUUUCCAAAUAGCCUCAGUGAUGAUACUUCAAAAAAUUACAUGUCUUUUCCCUCCAAGAAUUGGUAUGAAAAAUUAUUUUUGUUUUUUGUUUGUCGGUGGAGUGAUUUUGAGGUUUCUGAGUGUAGUCGCGAAAUUUCAAGUUCUUUUUCCCUCGAUAGUUUUUAAGUGCUCCAUUUCUUAACUCGUGAAUUGCGCGCAUCCGCAAGAGCGAGUUGUAGAUACGAUGUGGGGAAUGGCACUCGCUCGCUCGCUCGCUCGCUCGCUCGAUUGGUCGAUUCCUGUAAACUUUUUUUCGAUUUUAGGCUUUUGGGUGCAUUUGAUAGUUUUUGACGAGCAAUAAACAAACGAAAUGGCGACCUUUGUUGCUAAGAAUAGUGGUGGGGUGAAAAAGAAGCCAAUGAUAAUCUUAAAAGAGGUUUUUUUUUCGUUUUAGUUUCGACAAGCGGCGCCAGCGACUGGCAAGCAUGCAAGGAUUCACACUGAAAUAACAGAACAACCUUCGUUUUUCAUAAAAUUGUAAUUUACAACCUUAAACUUGAAAACAAUCCGAAGAUUCAUUGAAAAUAUCACUUACUGCGAAGCGCUCGGAGUUUACAGAUAUUCAAAAGCUUUUUCUGUUAUGGCGUGAGAUUGAGGACAAAAUCGAUCAUUACGCUUCGUAUCGUGUGUUUUUCCUGUGUGAAGCAACAAAAGAUGCCGGCGACUGACGAAAUUACAAGUUAACACGAAAAUCAAAUAACACCUAAACAAACAAUUUUAACUACCGAUUUUCAGUGAAUUUUUUUUAAGAACAAUUUUCUUUUAAGUUUCAAGACAAUUUGAAGAUUCAAAAUACAUAUUACGUACUAAAUUGCGAAAGUUAUACACCACAAAAUUGAUAAAUAGGCCUGAAAUGAAAUUCUAUCUUGUUAAUGAUUAUACGUUGCCUAGCAUAUGACUAAAAUCUACUUAGGCGGAGAUCCAAAAUGACGGUGGCAGUCUUGGCUUAGUUAUAUCACUCAAAACUCGUUCCCGUUUGUCUCAUUGGAUAAAGAGGGAAUCGUUAAUGUUUUCAUUAAGACAGUAUUGCCUUGAUUUUCUAAUAUUUACAAUGAUAGACAGUAAAUUUCACUUUUCACCCACAUUUUACUUCCAACCCUUUCUUUUGAACCAGAAACAAAAAUGAUAUACGUUUAAAACACAUGACAUCAUUCACCCUUGUCAAAUGUAAUAGCAUGAUCAUUUCAAUUGUAAUGCCUUCUUAUCCAAACGUUACUUUGUUUCUUUGCUACAUUAGCGAACACUGAACUACUGCUCGUACUCUAGAUAUGACAAUCGACCACAAAAUUCCCUAAACCAGAUAACAUUAAACAUAAUCCAAAAAAUCAUGUGUCGAUUUACGAGUUUGCUCACAGAGCACUUUGAUCUAUCGCUGUACUGCGAAGGUACAGAGAAACAAAGGCGCCGAAUGCACCUUUACCGCUGUUGCCGGUUAAACUUUUCUAGUGUGAAGUUGCGUUUGUUAUUCAGAGGCUACAAUAGAAGAAAGAGCAAGAUCACAAACUGAUACUUUUAUAGAUUUCACGCUGUCAAAGGGAAAUACUUCAGCUUCGUGUCGCCGAAAGACCUAGAGAAUAUCUGUACUUUUUCUAACUGAUUGACUUUAUUUGGCGGCGGUAUUCAAGGAGAGACACGUUCUAAUCAACGAUGAUCGUCUAGUUUAGCAAAGGAAAAAUAACGAGAAACAGAGGAAGCGAAAAAAAUCUUUGACAUGUACAUCUUUCAAACGUAUCUUCCUUUAUUAGAAAGAUACAUUUCUAUGAAAUGAAUAUGUUAGUAUUCAUUUGAACUUAAAAGGAUUUCUGUUUCCUAACAUACGCUCUUAAGCAGAAAAAGAAAAAAAACGAAGGAAGAGUCAUUAGGAAGUCGAGACGCCAUCUCGGAAACACACUCUGAUUAAAAGCUUUUUAAAAAAAAUGAAUGGUUGUUGAUUAAAUACAUAUUGCUGUACAACAAAGCUAUCAUAUUCAAAAGUUGACCAGUCAGUUGCAAUUGUGUAACUCGGUUAGAAACUUUUAAAGAAAGAGCAGUCAUCUAGAUCGAUAUGCAACCAAGAACUGCAACCAAGAACUGCAACCAAACACAGACGAUAGACGGUAGACGGUAGAGGAUAGACGAUAGACUUUCAAUGGAUUUUGUAACGGAACAUGAAGUUAGAAAUUCUAAACGUGCUUAGCUAAAAACUACGACGUCAAACGUUCUCACACGUGCGUUUUAUUGUGAACAUAGCUGACUAAAUCUUGUAAAUAUCAUCUCCUCUUGCAGUUAAUAUGCCAGGCGGAUCUCACAUCCUUCUUAGCCUAAUUUGCAUAUUUAUACAGCUAUCUGUCAUUUAAAAACGAUUUUUUUUGGUGACUGGACAUCAGUGUACGGAAAUUGAGCAUUAUCUGUUCCGAGAUGCAAACAGUUUUUCGGGAGCGAAGCUCGAGGAGAGCUGUGAGCUACGAGGAACAGAUUAUUUCCAAGGACAAAAAUACGAAUAUAUUUUUCAACGAAAAAUGGAGGCCACUGUGACCACGAAUAGCUUACCUUGUACCGUUUGCCGCGUGGAAUGUUGCGUUUCAGGCCAAUCACACGCAAGAAAAAAUAAUCGAUGGAUUAUGAUGAGUGUUAUGUAAGUAUUUUGAACAAUUUUACAAUUCAAUUUCGUUGGAUUGUUAUGUUAGGAUCUCGCACACCUUAAGGUUUCCCUUUAUUGGAUAGUUAUCUUAGCAUCUCACGCACUUUUAGGAUUCUCUUUCAUGUGAUUAUUACGUAAGUGACUCACGUUCUUUCAGGAUUCUCUUUUGAUUGUUACGUUAGAAUAUCGCGCACAUGUAGGAUUCCUCUUUCACUGAAUUGUUAUGUUAGUAUUUUGUGCACUUUAAGGAUUCUCUUUCAUUCGAUUGUUACGUUAGUAUCUCGCACAACUUAGCAAAAUGUAGGAUUCUCCUUCAUUCGUAAGAUACAUUAGUAUCCCGCGAACUUACGAUUCUCAUUCUUUCGAUUAGUACUUCAGUAUCUUGCAAAAUUAUGGGAUUCUCAUUUAUCCGAUUGCAACGUUAGUCUUUCGCUUACUUUUAGUACUUUACACUGACCUAGAUGAAAAAUAAAAACGUCAUUGAUCUCGAGGAACAUUAAUAUCCUGGCGAAAACUCCCAAUGGGGUAGAGAGAAGAAAAAGGGCAGUUCGGAGAUUUAUCAUGGCUUCAACUAUGCGGCAAAUCUUGUUGAACGGCAUGAAUGGUGCAUAGUGGCAUGUACGAAGACAAAUUAUGGAUUAAGUCGGCUAAUUUUUUUAAUAUUAGAGUAUCAAGUUAAAUACUUAAAUAACUUCAAAUUGUCAAUUUUAGAGGUGAAAAUUUGUGAAAAUGACGAUAAAAUGAGCAUUUUUGGAAAUCUGAAGGUUACUUUUAAUUAUCAUCCUAAAGAGUUUUCCAAAUCUGAAACUUUUGUCGACAAGCGGCUAAAGUAGAAAGAUUAUUGUUUUCUCAGAGGGCACGCUAACGAAUCCUGCGAUCUGAUUGGUUCUUUACGCGGUGAGUAUUUUCCUAUCUCUGCCCACGGGCAACGAUAACGCUUUUGUGAGUCGCUGAGUACAUCCCUACUAGUGCUUUCGUUGCCAAUUUUCAUAAAUACAUCUCGUUUUACUGGCUGGGCAGUAUUUUUAACUCUUUCUAGCAGACUUAAAAAAAAUGACAGAUGAUGGCAACCUUUUUUCUUUUCUUUUUUUUUUUUGUCAACAGUAUUUACACUAGUGAUUAGUGCUAUAUCUCAUUUGAAAGAGGACAAAAUUAGCUUUUCAGAAAAAAAUAUAUUUUGCCUCCAAAAAUCCAUGGAUUUUAAAUCAUGUUAAGAAAAUGGCAUACAAUUUGCAUAAGUUAUCGUACAACUUUUGACUUUGAAACAGCCUGGGCCUGAAUGGAUUGGAGUUACAAGGAAACAUUUCUAAGAUAAAAUAUUCCUUAUAUUAUGGGCAAGACAUCUAGAGACUCUGGCUGAAAAAGAACAAAUACAGAAUUAAUUACAAUUUUUUUCCAAACUCUACCCAAAAACCAUAAUAAUUGACCCAGAUUAUUGAAAAAUUUAUUCCUCACCAAGUAUUUACACAAGGGAAGUAAGCUAUACCUCACUUGAAACAGCAGUAAAUAAGCUUUCCUGAAAUGCAUGUUUCCUCUCCAAGAAAAAGGAAAAUGCUUUCAAACUAACAUUAAUUAGCAUAAAAUAUCAUCAAAAUUUGAACUGUGAAUUAAGUGAUACCCAAAUAAUAUAAAGUAAUGAGGCAAAAAAUUAACUAAAGAGGUUCCUUGAUAUAUGGGCAAAAUCUCCAUAAAAAUUGGUUGGAAAAUAACAAAUAUCGCAAAAAUGUUUACGGAUUACUUACCUCGAUUCUUCGCUAGGAUUUUCCAGUUUUCUAUCUAAUUCGGAUUCCUCACCACUAGAGAUACCACCAUGCUCACUUCCAUCAUCGAAAAUCAUCUCUAAAGCCUUAGCUACGCUUUAUCUCUAGCGUUUCGCAUCGGACGCCACUAAAGCAGAUUGAAAUCGUACGCAAGUGAUUUUCGAAUCGGGCUCCUGAGGUCACGUUUGAUAGUUCGGAGCUAAUGUGAUUGGCUUAGAAUGUGUACAUGCUACAGCCGGAAUUUCAGAGCGAUCGGAUGUAAUCCGAGUAUUUCCGAAAAGGUCAACGUCAUCAUGCAAUUUUGCACGAUCGGCCUCAGGGCUUGACCACGAAGAGUUUUAAGCAAAGACGUCGGUCAACACCUCAAGCCGAUAAAUAACUUAUUAAUCCUCUCUUUUCUCUCUCUCAAAUCACUUUGAUUGACAGAAAAAUAUUGGUCUCAGAAUGAAUUUGUAUAAGCAAUGGUGUCAUCACGUUGGUUGACAAACGGCCUUUUUUUCAUAUUCAAAAGUUGACCGAAUCACGAAGAGACGAAUGUUAGAUAGAACUACAAUGGAUUCUAUUGCGCCGUCAAUUGCGACGCGAAGUGGAAAGUCCUUUUGAUAAAGGGGUUAAUAUAAGUUUUUGGUGUUGUGUUGGUAGGGCCAAUACAAAAUAAUUUGAGUUUAUCCAAUGAGCUGAUGAUGUGAAUUGUACACCGUAAAGACAUUACAAAGUCGACGUUUUGAGCGCUGGCCUUUCGUCAGAGCAAAUGACCAAGGGCUAACGCUUGAUAGGUCAGCGUUAUGAUGUCUCUCUGAAAGUCUUAUUACCCUUGGAAAUUAGAAGUGAUAUCCAAGUUUGGUUUUGUUUUGGCAUCAGGUCAGAGUGGUGACGUCAUGAAAAACAACUGGAAACUAUUCCUUUCAUGUGCUUUGAUCCUGGUUAUUCUACAGCCUCUCUUUGGCCUCCCCGCCCUAAAACGGAAACGUCAGAAAUAUAAAGUUUUAAUCCUCGGAGCCGGUUCUGCUGGCAUUACAGCUGCUAAAACGUUGUACGAUAGAGGCAUCAGGAACUUCCUCGUGUUAGAGGCUCAGGAUUACAUUGGAGGGCGAAUGAAGUCAGUGCCCUUUGCUGGUAUGAAGAUAGAGGAAGGAGCGAACUGGAUUCACUACGUGGAAGAGAAGGACAAUCCCCUUAAUCGAUUGAACAAAAAGUACAACUUGACGGGACAUCUGUCCAAUUAUAGCGAUUUCUGUAUGCGGUAAGUUGACUCAUAUUUAUAAUCAUUAUCAUCACUAUUCACAUUAUUUCCGAUUCUAGACACUAGUGUCUAGUACUGUCUGUUAGGUUUCCAUCACAAUGGCUCGUGUAUCUUCUUAGUGGCCUUUCUCGCCCAGUCGUCCAACCAAAGACAGCUCACUUCCAUACUCAGCACCUUCUUCGCCAUGUAAUCUAUUUGCACGUCGUUUGACUCAUACAUCGGUUUGAGUUCCAUCCGUGGGUACCACGGAUGGACAUAGUCGGCAAACUUGACGUCCCUCAGUACUUCAAAGAACAGCACUUUUGGUGCAGCGUUUUUAUUGUUCACAUAUUUGGAGUGCGUCAGCGAUGAACGGCCCGGCAACACGCGAGCAUGGCUUUCUGGUUCCUUUUCGCAUAUUCUGCACAUGGCGCUUACUUGUUAUGACGUAAUCGUCCUAGAGGCCAGGAAAAACUUGGAUUGGCGAGAACUAUUCGUAAGGCUCGAUUGCGCUUGUCAUGGCUUGCGUCAGAGUGUACGCUCAACCGCUCGAUCUCAAGCUCGAUCAGCCACGUGUAUCCAGCUGGCUAUUAUAUUAUCGACAAUAUUAUUAUCAUCAUCACCAUUUUUAUAUCAUUCACAAAUUUUCCGUUACAGCCCUUUCCUAGUUAUCUCGGCCAAAAUACUUAUUAUUGCAAUAAAUUAAUGUCAAUGAUCAAAUCAUUUUCUUGCACAGAGAUGACUUUGGGAACGACAUCACUAAUUUGAAAACGUUCCAUCUGUGGGAGAAAGUUCGUGACGAACUGUUUGCAGAGGGGGAAAAAGGGGAUGAAUCGGACUCCCCACCCAGGGACAUGCCUGCCUCUGUUUACCUGAAGAUGCGCGGAUGGCGUUCAGAUUCCCCGGUGAAGAGGACUUUCUCCUGGUUCGACAUUGAUUUCGAGUACGGUGGAGAUGAAACUGUUACAUCCCUUAAUAACAUGGGUUUUCCGGGAGAAGAUUUCUUUAUCACUGACCAGAGAGGAUACUGGACCCUCUUCAGUGACUUUUAUAUGCGGUUUAGGGAGAAGAUUUUGCUAAAUAAGCCUGUUACCAAGAUCUACUACUCUGAUAACAGCGUUACAGCCACCACAGCCGAUGGAGAUGAGUUUAUUGCAGACUACGCCCUGUCAACCUUCAGUUCUGGAGUGCUGGGCAGUGGCUUGGUUGAGUUUGACCCUCCUUUCCCCAAAUGGAAGUUGGAAGUAAUAUAUCGUUUCCGUCCAGUUUACUUCACUAAGAUUUUUCUUAAGUUUCCGCGAGAUUUCUGGGAUGAUCACGAGUGGAUUAUGCACGCUGGCAAGAAAAAGGGCGAGUUUCCAACUUUCUAUGACCUAGAUCGACCUGGUUUCUUCCCUGGCACAGGUGUUUUGUUUACAUCGGUGACUGGUGAUGAAUCACUCAGAAUUGAGGCGCAAGACAAUUCCAAAACGAUGAUAGAAGUGAUGGCCACUCUGAGGAAAAUUUACGGCGAAAACAUUCCUAACGCUACAGGUAAGCUGGGUGUAUUUUAUCAUCUUGGUUAGUAAUCUUUGUAUGACUUGAUUCUGAUCGGCUAGUAAGAUAUGUUCCGUAGACAAAAUGAAAGAAGGUAUAGGAGAACAGUCAGGAUGUUUUUGGAACAUGUGGAUUCUAUUUCAUUUUUUUUUGUUUGUUUCAAGUGGAAAAUGAAGUCUCUUUUCCAAGACGUCCACACCGUGAAUUCUUGCUAAUUUUCCUCCACUUUUGGAUAGUCGUUUUAGUUGUUAAAACUAAUCUACGCCAGUUACAUCAUGAAAGGGACAUUUCUGUCAUUGAAUGAGUAAAGACCUAUUUUAUGCUUACAGUAUCUGCUUGUAACUCAACUGACCCAUCUAACUCCUUUAAAAAUUUUCUUUGUUAGACAUCCAUGUCAGCAAGUGGUCACAGAAUCCAUAUGUGAGAGCAGCUUGGACAGAUCCAGUAGUCGGCACAAGUUGGGGCCACUAUGACAACAUGGCCGGUCGGCUUGGCAAUCUCUUCUUUGCUGGGGAGAGCACCAGCUCUGAGUGGAUGGGGUACGUUCAGGGUGGAUACUUCACUGGCCAAGCUAAGGCCAAGGAAAUAAUCAGCUGUCUGAAGGGAAAGAAGUGUAAGCCAUACCGAAAAGCGAAGAAAUAUGUUAAGUGAGACGUAACAACAGCGAAUGACUGAGAAUGUUUGUAAACGUGUGCUGGUGACCCUC